AUGCCUUUCAUAGUUGUCUUCUACACUGCGAGUACUGUACGCGCCGUGCGUGGGCUCUCUAAUCGGGCCUUCCUCGACUGCACCUCAUCCCAGCCAUCACGUUCUGUCAAACGUCGUGCGUGCCAUGCCCUCUCGUCUAGAAGGCGGGCGCCAUUGGUCAUCCAGCGAGACUGGCCGUGGAUGCAGGAGACCCUGGGUGAUCCGCCGUCUGCGCCGCCGCGUAUCCUGGGCUCUCGUCUCGACUUUCUCUGGAUGGCGCUGUCGCACUACCCUCGCUUUGGACUAUCCCACUUGGCAGACGCCGCAUCAGGCUCUGAGGUGCUUCAGGUAGGCGAAUGCGCGUGUGAAAGCAGAGCACAGCCACCACCAGUGAAAGCCGCGACUGCAGGAGUGAAAACAGAAUCGCGCGGGAUAGAUCCCAUGAACACCGCGGCGUCCCUCAGCUCCAGCUGGCUCGAUGGCUCCCCGACACGACAAUCCCCCAACCGAAAUGGCGUCCGCACUCCCCGGGGAAGCAUUAUCAAAGAGCCCUACGACAGCCCCUCGCGGCAGAUCCAGGUCGAGUUCAAUCUCAUGCUCAGCCGAUCUGAUCGAGACUUCAAUGAGCGCCUCGAUCAAGCCGCUGCCGAGCGCGCCAAGAUGCACCACGAACAACUCACCAAAGCCGCGCACGAGCAUCAAAGAGUCCAGGAAGGAGCCAAGCUCGAGAUACAACGCAUAUUACUGGAGCAAGAGCACGAACGCCAAAGACGAGAGGAGGCGCAGCGCCGGGAAAUUGAACGUUUGAACCAUGAGAGGGCUCGCCAGGAAGCGGAGGCCCAGCGGCAGAGAUUGGAAGCGAAGAGGCGCGAGGAAGAGGCGGCACGGCAGGCUGCAGAGAACCAGAAGCAAAUCCAGGAGACAGAAGCGAGACUGAAGGCACAAAAGGAGCAAGAAGAGGCAGCCCGACGGCAGAAGAUAGAAAAGGCGGAUGCGGACAAGAAGGCAAUGGAGGUGGCAGCCGCCGCUGAGAAGACUCGGGCACAGCAGGCUCCACAAGCUAUACAGCUAUUUUCGACACCAACGAUAUCGACAUCAGCCGCGGCUACGCACGCUGCCGUUGCAUCUACCGCCGGACCUGGCAUAGAAGAACUCCACGCCCAGUAUCUUGAACUGCACAUGCGGAUGAAGAAGUUCCGGAUAGAUUUCUUCGAAAAGCACAGACAGAGAGGCGACCCGCUCAAAGAACCUGUCGGCGACGCACGUCGAAAUGUGCGUAAGAGGCUUGGCCAAAUCACCGUGGACCGACGCGACAGCGUAGCAGCCAUAGCGAAGCUACGAGAAGAAUGCUUUAAUAAGGCGCUUGAGACUCCUGGCCCUACGAUAGAUAUCCGGCACUUUAUCAUUUCGCAUCAGAUACCCGCGCUAUCCAAUGAAGCCGAGGCACAAUACCCCGCAUUCCUCCUCUACGUUUGGAUAUGCUUCGAAAAGUCAGUCCUGAAGCAAUUCCAUAAAGAAGCCUCCAGUGAAGACGGGGGUGUUACCCAGGAGAUUGGCUUAAUAUCGGCUAGCUUGCUCGCCGAUCAACGGUACAUGUGGAAGGGAAUACCGAUGACGGAUAUCAUCUUGGCCAAGUUACAUCGCGUUUGCCCCAUCCUCUUUGGUAUUCGAGGCACCAUGGCAACAAUUGAAGGACGAAAGCGUCUGGGCUGGUUGAAUCCAGACAGCGAGAACGACUACGGGGAAGCCAUGACGGGCUAUGGUUCUGGGUAUGCUUCGCUCUCUCUUCGCCAGUUCUCCGGGAAGAGUCCCGCUAUUCCAAUGUCCGAUUACUGGCGCGCGGUUGUAUCCAUCUGCAACACGCCUUCUGAGGCCCUGUAUCCCGGGCACUUUAUGGUGCUCAAAGGGCUUCUGCGGGAUUAUGUCAAGAAGUUCCUUGCCUUUUAUGGAGCUCCGGCAAUGGCGGUCGUACGGCGAGCGACUCUCGAUCUUCCGAACAGGGUAUCAAGAGACCGUAACGGGGUGCAUGACGCCGCGGAGCUAGUCCGAGUUUUGCCGGACAUUUGGAGGGCGAAGGGGCAGGCCUUCAUUAACUGAGGUGAAGAAAGGUAGUCGCGAUGUCUUAUUGAAGAAUUGAACGUUUGUGCCAUCUAUUGGCGAUUGCAUAAGGCGGCGUUUAGCGACUAUGACAGCAUGAACCGGUUUGAAUUGGUACGGCAUUGGGUGGUUACAGUAUACAUGAGCAUCAGCGGCGAAGCUUUCUUCCGCAUAAAUGAAAUACUGGAAGCUCUCCGUAGCUUCU